AUGGGUGAGCGUCGCCUUUCUCCCCAAAGAGGAAAUCCCCGAGCGCGGGGCUCCCCGGGUGCCUGCUCCCGGGAUGCCUCUGCAGGUACCCGACAGGAGGAAGCCGCAGGGAAAGCGGAGGAGAACAAGUGUGCACGCACAGGAGGCGCUUAUGCAAUGGUCACGUUCAUGCUGCCACGUAGACUCUUGGGUCCACAGUUCAGCACUAACUUGCUGAUUGUCCUUGCCGCUCAUGGGCGUGCGGACGCGCCUUCGGAUCAAGGCAAAUCACGCUGUGAGACAUCGGGGCUUGCUGGAGGGGCCAGGGAAGAGGCCGGAGCGCAGCUGGUGGGGAAUGCGGCGUGCGCGCAGGCAGUGGUUUUCCUGGGUUGUCAGUCAGGCCCUUACACCCUUUCACUCAGGUACCAAAGAUUUUACGUACGUCACACCAGCGUGUUGGACUUAGGAAUUCAGAUCACUAAAACGCUCCCGUAUCGUUCCAAAAAAGGUCAAAAAGAAACCACUUCAGCAAUCUUCAGGUUUAAUGGUUUCUGGGGGCUUGUCAACAAUGCAGGAGUAUCAACAUUUGGCGAGACAGGGUGGCUGUCUAUGGAGAAAUAUGAAAAAUUUGCAGAUGUGAAUCUCCUUGGGAGCAUCAGGACAACCCUGGCAUUUCUUCCCCUUCUCAGGAAAUACAAGGGACGUAUUGUUUUCAUGUCCAGUAUUAUUGCCUAUUUUGCUCUGGGAAAUGGCAUUUAUUCUAUGACCAAGGCUGCUAUUGAAAGAUUCUCUGAUGCUCUAAGACUGGAGAUGAAGAAGUUUGGUGUCCAGGUCUGUAUUAUUCAGCCAGGAAAUUAUGCGCAAUCUACAAAAAUUCAGCCACCAGUCAAUGCCGAAGAGAUUUGGAAUGAACUCAGCGAAGAGGAAAAGGCAGUUUACAACAAGGAGUAUGUUCAAGAGCGGGCAAACUUUUUCAACAACAUACUCAGCGAAGGAAGCACUAAUGGCAGUGAAGUUGUAGAUGCUAUG